GAUGAACAAUUAACCGCCACAACUAAGAUUCACUACCACUAAGAGAACAUACACCCCACCACGUUUCUUACCUUCUUCAACGAGACACAAAGUCGGCCAUGCCCGACACAUUUAAUAUCGUGGCGGACUUGGUGCCUAGCGCUUUUACAACGGUCGAGUCUUGCCAACCUCAACUGGGAAAGUCUUGGUUCGAUAGACGCGCAUUUCGCCUCUCGUGACGCUGUAUCAGUCGACCACUUAAGCGCAGAAUCGCGGGAAAAGCGCCUCGCGCGGUGGCAACGUUUUCAAGGGGAUGGGUUUAGGGUCGUAAAACCGUAACUGCACAGGUUUAUCAUCUCGAAGAACAACACCCAACAGCGCUGUGGCAACAAGCGGUAUUUUGGCCCGCUGUCGCUAUCGCAUUUGCUUCUAAGUUCUGUCGCCAACAUUCUGUGUUCCCAACACCUUUGGAUGCAUUACAAACCCCCUUGCGGAUAUGCAACGUUGCCGGUGCGUGCUCAGAAGAAGAACGAUUGUUUCUUGUGAAGGAAGAGGAUUGACGGGGUCUGACGAUCAUCUGGUUCCUCCCAUACCUGUGGACCAGGUGUGGUUGUCUGGUGUUCCACUUGGCAAUCUACGCGCUCGUGACAGUGACCUAGUCAGAUUCACAACAGUUGGUCGAGGGGCUAUACAUUGCUCCCGAAGCAGUAAACGCCCAAGGACGCCUCGGCGAUUAUCAGCUCUCCUCCUCGAGAGUCUCGAAAGAGGCACACACAACUAAGAUUCGUUUUUUGGAUCGCAAACUUGUACGGGAAGGACCACUCUCCAAGAGGUGUGUUGUGUUAUAGCGCUCUCCUUUCUCUUUUGUGUCUUGUAUUAUUCUCGACGACGGCUUGAACUUCUUCAAGUCGGACACCCCCUGCAAUUCACACCUUAUCUCUUUCAGGUUUUGACCCAACCUUGUUAAACUCCGUCUCUAAAUUUUAAUCUCUAUUCAAUCUC